CACAUGCGUACUUAGUCGAAAAUGGCUGUCGCCCACUGCAUAAACAUAGAAAGUCGUCCUGAAAAUGGCCAGAUUUUUUACUUUUGACGAAGAUAAGGUUUGCAGUAUUAAGUGACUGGAAUUGAUGCCUUGGGGUUAGGAUUUAUACCAAGAGGAAUACACUGUAAAGAUAUCCUAGCGAGUCCUCUGUGCAGUCCAGACACGUCGACAGAGUCAAAGUUGGCCAUUUUCCCCCAGCUUGUGUGUUUGUGAAUUUUCUUACAAUGUCGGCCUCGGAGCCUGUGAUAGGCACCUACCCUGCCAUGACCAACCACCUGUCGUCCAUGCAUGAUCUGCCCCAGACCCAGCUGAGCAGCGAGACCAGCUCCACCAGCAGUGAGCUGGAGUCGGCCCUGGGCAGUGCUGUCAAGACGCCGCCGGGAACGGCGACGGCUUCCUCGGCCGCCGAAAAUGGGCCAGACGGCUACCCCUCGGACGGUUCCUCCUCGGUGGAGAACCAAGGGAACAACCCAGCCACGGCGAAUGCACCACAGCCCGAGCAGUAUCUGAACGGCCCUAUGCAGCUCCCCCCUACCACGGUCGUCGCCCCCCGGACCGGUGGCUACACGGAAUAUGUGGACGGUCAACCGUCAACGACGGCAGCCGUUGACAACAAUGGCAAUGGCCUCGACUACCCAGCCCAGGGGCCAGAGUAUGACGGUCAGCAAGCCGUGGCGGACUACUCCCAGGAAUAUGCCUCGACAGAACAGAUUUACCCCAGCGGGCAGGACUAUGCAACGAAUGCUGUUGGUGUGCAGAACCAGGUUGCGGAUUACCCCGGUAUGGGGGUUGGCGUUGGAGAUGAGGUCUCCACCCAGGGGCAGGUGCACGAUACUGGCCAGAAUGCUGGACAGGUGAACAAGAAGUACGUGUUCUACCUGCACAUCAAACAGGGAGAGGCAUUUCCAGUAGGAAACGGGGACCAAGUGCAGUAUAUUCAUGGUCCCACCCUCAUCCAGUUUGUCUCCAACUCUCCUGUCCCUCCACCCCUGCACACAGUGCAGACGGGACAUGGGCCGGUCUCCAUGCCGACCGGCGUGUCCAACGUGCCGGUCGUCACGGCGCCGAUGGGGAUUGCCCUGCAGCCCUCUGUGCAAGACGCUGUGGUCGGUGACCUACAACAGCAGCAACAGCAGCAGCAGCAACCGCCCCAGCAGCAGCAGCAGCCGCCACCCCAGCAAGGCAUGUACACCACUUGUCCGCCGGCGCUUUCGCCCCCGCAGAUCUAUCCCGCCCUCUACUCUCCCAAUGGGGGCGGGGCUGGGGGUGGCAUGGGCGGAGUCUACCCCCACCUGAUGGGGUAUCCGAACCCUGGUAUGCACCACCACGUGCAGCCCCACGUUGCGUCGUCGGUGCCCGCUCACUCGGCGGUGCCGCCCAACUCGGGCGUGCCUGUCCCACCUCACCAUCAUGUCAAUAUUCAUCGAUACCAUCCUGUUCCACCUCAUGGCCAGCACAACUCACAACAGCAGCAACAGCAGCAGCAGCAGCAGUGUAAUAUGCCAGACCAUUCACAUAUCCAAGAUCCUCAACAGAGACCGCCGAUGUGCUCGCGGUCGCGUGACGACAGGACAGACAAGCAGCGUGAAAAGCUCCAGAAGAAGCUGCGGGACAGGCAGGAGAAGAACCCCAGCUACAUCCCCAGCCCCCAGACCUCCCCCCGUGGGGGCGGGGGCGGGGGUGGGGGUGGGGGCAGCAGCCCUUAC